UUAAACUUGUUGCUCUUCUUUUUUUUUUUUUGUUUCGACAGACCUUCUGCUGCAAAGGUUCCGUUCGGACUUUCAUUGUCGCUCGUUAUGACUUUACAAAGACCUUCGCAAGACAGCGGGUCGGCGCCCUCUGAUGACGUGCCCUUGCAAAGGAAAAUGUCCUUUCGGGACCGUCUACCGACGGUACGGAUGCCUUCACUUGGCAUACGAAAACCAUUCCAAAAUUCGCCAAAUGGAAAGGGAGCACCCACCAGUGCCGGAAGAGGAACAUCUGUACAGAGUCGUAUGAAGCUGAACAUGGAUACGAGAAGGAUGAAUUGGAUCGUAUUGGGUUUGAUAUUGCUGGAUUUUUUGACGGCGCAGGCAGCAGUCUACGAAUCCGUCUUUGACACAGCAGAUCCACCGGCCAUGAACAAAGAACUCUACAUUGCAAGUACCCUAAAGACCAACAUACCCCACUUCACCACCGCGCGAACUUUCCUCUUUGCCUUCUCCCUCGGCCUUCGCAUAUUGUUUGUCUUUGAAAUCCUACUUCGUGUCAUCUCGUCAGGCCCCCUCAAUUACAUCCGCUCCCCGUGCAGCAUCCUUGACGCCGCCAUCGUCAUUGCGUCCAUUGUCGUGCACACCGCCCUCCCCGCCCGAGAAUCCCUACUAGCAAACAACAUCAUUUUUCUCCGUUUCGGGCGAGUCUAUGCAUUGAUGGAAGCUGUAAAGUGGGAUAUCGUUACGCGGACAAAGAAAGAUGUAGAGAUAAUGAGACGAGAGUGGGAUGAGGAGAUGGGAGUGCAGAGGCAAAGGACGCGGACAUUGAAGCGACAAUUGUCGGAGCACAAAACCAAGUUGAAAGUUUUGACGGGAGAUAUGGGGGUAAUGGACGCUGAAAACGAGCGGCAAGUAGCAAGGAGCACAUCGACAAAGUCAAAGCGAGCGAAUUAUGACUUUUUGAACGAGUAAAUGGGUGCUCAAUAUCAGUUUAAUCCACCAAGUUAGAAUCCUUCAAACGUUCCAGUGACUGUAGUAAAGCGAGAUAGAUAGUGUAGUUGAACUAUAGAAAUAGAAAUGCCAACCCGCAAUAGAUUCCAGCCAUAAAUCGGU